UAUUGACAUAGCCAUAACCACGGGCCAUAACCGAUCGCCGGCUUCUCAGAGCAAGCUUGCUUUCGAUUCCAGUGGAGGCGCGGUACUUCGUCAGCUAUCUUUUCGAACGUUUUAAUGUCAGCACAGGUUGUAGUUGUUCUGUAAUGUGAGCCUGUUGGCAUAAUGAGCUCUGCAGGAGAAGUUUCCGGCCUUUCGGCAUUCGAAAAUUACUUUGCUUUGGAACUGCUUUUUAAAUCAUGUAAUGAGAGUUUGCAGUCGAAAGAGGAUGCGCUUGUAGUUCUCGCUCACUACCUCCUGGUGAGAAAUGGCAAACGCUGCGCAGGAAUCGGCGAAACAUGGGAUGGUAAUGCCGAGCACUGUACCACAGAACUGCUGCCUCCUGGUUGGAAUGAAAACCAAGGCUCGUACACCAUCCGUUACAUAUCUGCUCAAAAUAAUGAGCGAUAUUUGCUGAAGGCAGUCCGAGCAGACAACUCUCUUCUGAUUUGUGUCUUGAACAUUAAAGAGGAUAAAACAGCGUCAACUAGUCUGAAUGUUGGCAAGUAUGUGUCUGAGGAAUACAAGGACUGCUCUCGGGCAUUCAAGGACUUGAAUGCUGUGGUCGAAAAGGUGAACCGAGAGGUGAUUAAUGUCCUUGAGCACAAUGAAAGUGAGAUUUCUGGUGUUCGUGGUGCUUCAUCAGCCACUUCCCAUGAAAGAGUUCUGCGCAUGCUCACAGGGCAGCCUAGCAUGGAGUGUCCUCGGGCUCGAGAGCCAGCUCAACUGGGCCAGCGAGAUCUGGAUCCAUUCUUUGGGGGCCGCUCUGGUGGGGGGAUGAUCAUGGAUCCAAGGGAGCUAACACGGCCUCUACACCCCAACCCUGGAGCAACCAUUCCCGGCCUUCCAAGAGCAACAGUUCCUCCUGGGGCCCGGUUUGACCCAUUUGGACCUUCAUCUACUAAUGAUCCUGCAGGAUUGAGAUUUGCUGGGCCUAACCCGGACCAUGCUAUGAGGCCCCCAGACUAUGAUGACAUGUUUAGCUGAACUGGACAAGUCUCCGUUUUGCCAUGGUCUUUGGCAGUGUGUGUGUGUGUGCAAAUACAGAGUGAAAAAAAAAAAAAGGAAGAUCAAGUGUGCUUCCUUUGUUACAAGUGCAUGUGCAGCAUUGCAGAUAGCCAGAAAAAACUACAAGCUUGUCUUGUGUAUGCCUCUCAGAUGUUGUAAAGUUUUUCUGAGCAAGAAAAAAGAACAUAUUUUGAUACAUUUUAUCUUGGAGUGUUUUGUUUCAUUAUUUGCGUUGAAUAAAAGUUUUGUCCCAGAAA